AUGGAGUCGGUCGAUGAAGCAAGGUUGAAUCAAUGUUUGACUUUGAUAAUUGAGAAGACCGAUGCUGUUCUUAAAGAAUUGGACAAGAAACGGGGAACUGCAUCAGAAUCACAUACAUCAAAGACUGUAACUCCGACUCAAACUACGGCUACAACAACAAUUGUUGUCACUGAUGAUCCAUUGUUCGAUAAUACAGUGAAGAACAACAAUGUGAACACAUUUACUGUUGACAAUGAAGAAAGUGAAUUGUUGGAUACAUUAACUCAUGAUAUUCAAAACAUAUUAAGGGAUUAUUUACCACAAUUAUCAACGAUGUGUGUCAGUUACAUCGAGCAACAUUUACAUCAAUAUCAUUUCAAUCAAGAACGAGUAUUCACUCAAGGACUAACAGCCAGUAUUCUGUAUACAUUUAAACACGAUUUAAAUGGUUUACUAUUGGCUGCACGAGCUUAUCCAGCCGCAUUUAGUGGAGAUUUAAAAACAGUUGAAAACUUUCUGAAACGUCAUCCAAUGUAUAAGGAUAGACCAGGCUUUUGGAAAACAACACUACUAUACUCAGCCGCACGAAACAAUCAUCUCCGUUUGGUUCAAUACUUAAUUGAAACAGCUGGUUGUUCUGUAAAUGCUCAAAAUCAAAGUGAAAUCACUUAUGCAUUGAUAACAGAUGAUGAUACGGCUCAAAACCAACAAAAUACUCUAAGCUACAAUCCGGAUCCUAGAGCUGCUUCAACAGCAUUACAUGCUGCCUGUUUUAAUAAUAAUUUGGAUAUUGUUAAAUAUUUGAUUGGCAAAGGAGCAAACUAUUUUAUAAGAAAUCAGCUGGGUGAAACUCCUAUUCAGAAUAGUGUAGGUCAUCAGGCAAUACAAGACUUCUUUAAUGAUUAUCUCAUAUCAACAUACACUAAUUUACCAUAUGCUCCUUUACCAAGUGAAACUAUUUUAGACUGUCAUGAUCGAACAGCGAACAAUUGUAUUUGGGAAUAUAAACCAGUAAAAGGACUUGAAUGGGAAGAAUUUACUAUGAGUGAACAUAAUACAUUAUCUGCUGCUUUAAUGCCAGGAGCGAACAACCAAUCGUUUAAUACAACAACUUAUUUAAGUGCUUGGCAAGGCACAUUUAGCGUACAACUAUUAACAUUUCUCCGUGGAAGUAAAAAUCAAGAACCAAAUCCAUCAAAUAAAGAUGGUUUAGCAUGGAUUCGAUGUCGAGGAUCGAGUAUAGCUAAUUUUGAUAUUCAUUGUGUUUGGCAAUUAAUGUUUGUCAAAUACGAUACGAAAAAGCAAUUUCAGACGGCGUUAUCAGAACCUCCAUCGUUGGAUUCAAAAAUCUUUCCAUCUGUUUAUGAUAGCAAAUUUCAAAUAAAAUUGAAUAGCUGGUACACAUGCGAUUCGAAAAGAAAUGCUUUGUUAGACGAUACAAUAAAUUAUAGACGACGAUAUGUUGAUCUUGAUUGUAAUUUCGAUAUUAAUUUUAGUGAAAAUACAACUGUUAAAUGCAAUCUAUAUUCAUUUACAUUUACCAAUAACAAUAGAACAAUAUUGGGUUUUAUUCGGUGGAUACCCAAAUUUAUUGCAAAUACACCUAAUGAUCAAAAUAGUAUCAAAAUAUUGAAUAAUUUUAAAAUGAUCAAUAAUUUUAAUCCAAUACCAUUGACAACAAAACGAUUAGAACAAUUUAAAGGAUCGAAAUUAACUAUGGCAGCAAGCAUGAUUACAACUGAAGAUGACCAGAAUAAGGAAACCAAUCCUAUGACUUAUUUACAAAUAGCUGAAAACGGAGCGGAUGAUGAUGAUGCUGAUGAUAAUGCUGCAAAUUCGACUACUUCAAUUACCAAUAUUGGUACUUGGAGCAUCACUGAUCUUCUGAGCACUGACUCCAAACCAACAACUGAACACCAUGAUCUAGCUCCAUCAGCAACUGACCCAGAUCCUGUUACAGAUGUCCCAACACCAAGCAUCAACAAUUUUAUCGAUGAAGGACUAGGUCAACCUACAGACAUACCAGAAAAGAUAACAAUUAGUCAAGUUUCCGAAGCUAAUAAUCGUGCUAGACAGGAUGACGCAGCGAAAAAAGCUCAAGCCACUAUGGAACUUGAAAAUGAACAAUUGAAAGCAAAGAUCGUUAUACUAGAAAGAGAAGUCGAAGAAAAAGUGAAAAAUAUCAAUGAAAAUGAUGCAGAAAGUGCGGCAACAUUAAGUUCAACAAUGGAUAGAUUAGAAGAUUUACAGAGACAAUUAGACACAAAAGCUCAAAAGGAAAACUUGAUAAACGAAACAGCCAAACAAAUAUCUACCGUUCAAUAUACUAUUUCGAAGUCAAAUCAGUCUAUACUUUUGAAAUUCAAUUUAAUAGUCAAUAAAUUGAGAAGGCUGAGUUAUCCUCUAAAAGAAUAUUUUAAAGAUAAUAUACCUCUGAUUGACUUAGACGAUGAAAAUGAUGGUAAAAUAACACUUAAAGGUUUUUCAAUUCAUCAUCAGGAAUUGAAGAAGAUCUUGGAACAAUGGCAAAAACUAGUUCAGCAAAUUCAAUCUGCUGAAGAAUAUUAUAAUCGACAAACAAACAAAAAUAUACGAUUUUUAUUAAGAAUAAUUCAUCGAGUACAUCCUACGAAUCUGACUUAUUGGAAACCUUAUUGUAGUUCAUUAGCUAAAUUAAUCAAUCAAAAAUAUGAUAAUUAUGUUCAGAAAUUCAAGAACUGUAUGAACGAUAAAUUGAAAACACUAUUGGAUAUUUGUAUUCAAAAUUCAAUGCAAGAUUUUCGAAAAGAUAUAAUCGAUUGGACAAACAAUUAUAUGAAAGCAGAAACAUUCUCGAAUGAUGUUGAGUCACUAAAGGCGACAGCUCUAAAUGAAUUCAUCCAUGAAUAUAUUUUCUUACAACAAAAAUCGACGAAAACUAUACCAUCAAAAGAAUCUGCUUCAGCAUUGAACAAACAUAUUGAAAAGGUUAAAAAUACAUUGACGACAAAUGCUGAUUUUAAAGGAUAUGAAUUAAAACAUUUUCAAAUGAUUGUAUCUCUAUUACAACGUUUAAUGAUAUUUUAUCACUGCUUUCUGAUACAAUUACCUCUAUUCAAUGAGUCGUUUGAUCUCUUAAGCAAAAUCGCUAACAAUACAGUCAUAACAAUCGAAACAGCAACUGGAUCAGGAAAAUCAACACUUCUACCAGCCUUGCUGGUCGCUGAAGGUUAUGACAAGAUUAUUGUCACGCAACCUCGACGUCUACCAUGCAACUUGAUAUCUCAGCGUGUGAAUUCAAUGGUUAACGAUGAUAUAAGUGGAUGGGCAGUAAGCGGUGCCGAGCAUAAUGUUCAAGCCAAAAUUCUUUAUCUCACCGAUGGUUUAUUGAAAGAACGUCUAUUGAACGAUGACAAUUUGAUAACAGAAAAUACCAGUGUGAGAAAAUCAGUCAUAUUCUUGAUCGACGAAGUGCACGAGCGCUCAAUAAAUAUCGAUUUAUGUUUGGCAUUAUUUGCACGAUUAUUAAAAUUGCAACCUGAAUUGAAAACGAAAAUGAAAGUGAUUAUAUCAUCUGCUACGUUGGAUUCAUCAGUUCCGACAUUGUAUCGGAAUAUUUCUGGUUGUUCUUUAAUUGAAUUGAAUUUAGUAUCAUUAUCGACACUUUAUACAACGACUGUAAAUGAUGCACCAAAGGAAAAUCUACUCGAUCUUGUACAAAAAUUGUAUAGUAAACGACACCGGCAUGAUCAAAUACUUUGUUUUGUCGGUUCAACACUGGAAGCAAUUGAAAAUUGUCGAUUGCUAAAUAAGAUAACAAAAGGUGCUAUUGUUGCAUAUCCUCUCAUACAGUCACAGCCGGCAAUUGAUCAGCAAAAAUAUAUUGAACAAGGCACUGUCUUUUUCUCAACGACGGUUGCCGAAACAUCAUUGACAUUUCCAUGUUUGAAAUAUGUUAUUGAUACUGGUUUGAUCAAUAUGCCAAUAUACAGUUUACCAUUAGAACGAACAGAAUUACAAGAAAUAAAAACUGCUGAAUCAACAACCAAACAAAGACGUGGCCGACUUGGUAGAACACAACCUGGUGAAUACUAUGUGCUGUAUGAUUAUGCACCUGGCGAACAACGAAAGUAUCCUGUGCCACAAAUAUGUCAAUCAGAAUUAGUAAAUGUAGAAUUUGGUUUACGAAGAUCUCGAUUGAGAACUAGUUUGAAAGAAUUUCAACAAUAUUUGCCUGAUAAACCAAAAAAGGAAUAUAUUGACGAUGCCUUGAAACAACUACAACGAUUAGGACUUAUUAGUUCUUCGUCAAAUGAAAGUUUCACUAAUCUUGGUGCAUCAAUUGCAAAAUUACCUGAUUUCGGCUCUUUAUCAAUGUCUAAAGCUGUCUAUGCUGCAUUGAAAAAAUAUCGUUGUGGUCGUGAUUUGAUCGUUUUAUCAUCAAUUUUUUCCGUUCUCAACACAUCAACCAUACUGAAAUUAAUUCCAAUCCAAUAUAAACGUCCCGAAGGUGAUUUUAUGACACUUUUACAAGUGAUGAAUACCGUUUUAUUGGUUCGCGAUGCAGUUCCUCCUAAACAGUUUAAUUUGGAUCGUGUUUGUGAUGCUAAAGGGUUAUCCGCUGCUGCGCAUAUGAUCAAGCCAGCAUUACAACGAUACAAAAAUUUAGACAAAGCUUUUAGCCUAUCCGAUGAAUUUCGCGAACUUGCUCGAGUUCAAUCCGGUAAUUGGGAAAAUAUAGCUAAAGCAUUAUUGAAUGGUUUUUCUGAUAAAGUAUAUGCAUCUCUAAAAAUGCUUCAAGGUAAAGCACAACAAUUUGUAAAGUACAACGUGAAUCAACGAAUAUCAAAUAAUCAACAGCAAGAUUCAUUGAAUGAAGUAGCUGAAAUCGCAGUUAUUGAUAGAUCUUCGACGUUAAGAACUGGAAAUAAAGGAUCUCUACCGACACCGUUAGUUAUAGCUCGUGAUGUUCGCUAUUUAACAACUGUACGUUCAGUUUCUAUCCUGUCGUUUGUUGGACAACUUGAAUCAUCAUGGUUAGAAUAUAUUUUUAGUCGUGAAUUACAAUUAAAUGAAGCUGAAGAAAAAAAAUUGAAAGAUGAAAAUAUAUUACAACAAGCAAUUCAACGAUUUUCACAAGUACAAAUCUCUGUCAAUAAUAGAAAGCUAGUAUUCCAUGGUCCAUCCGGUCAUAUUCUGAAUGCGGAACUUUAUGUUCGGCAACAACUGGUGACUGUGUUAAAGUUUACAUUGAUACCUGAUUAUCCAAACAAUCCUGAUGAUAAUCUUACCAGAAAUUUAAAUAGCAUAACAAGCAUGCCUGGUGAUUUAUUUGGUCCAUUACGAUGGAGAUGGGAGUCUGAACAGCAAGUGAAAGUAAGAACAAGAAUGAAUAAGAAUAAUGGUACGAUUGAUGUAAUAGUGGAAGGUAUUGAUUUACAAAAUCAAGCAGUACAUAGAGAAUUUAUGUCAUUCUUAAGCUGGCUACGUACUUGUGCUGUAAUUCGAUAUCCGAAUUCAGGGGUUUCACCUCGUGUUUUGAAACCGGAAAUACGUGAUCGAUUUCUUGACAUGGAAGCAAAAAUUAGCAAUAUAACUGAUCCAGAUCGGACAUCGGUUGAUAUAUGGAAAAGCUUGAAAGGUCCUAAUGCCACACGUGAAACGCGUAUGGAAGUGGUAGCAUGGAUAGCUGUAUGUCAGUUUUAUUGUCGAUUAGAAGGUGGCUUUGUUCGCGAUUGGGUUGUCGGCAACUAUUUCUCAAAACCAGUUAAUCUACCACCGAAUCAAUGGAUCGAAUAUCAGCCAUCUCGUAUACCGUUGUUACAUAAAGAUCUGGUUCCAUCAGAUCUCGACUGCCAUUUACCACAGUCAAAGAAUUUUGACAUUGAAGCUUUUAUAGAUGCAUUAUAUGGCUAUGGAAUUACAGCAACAGUAAUUCGACAAGACUGGCGUUACGUACUCUUGAUAGAUGAAAAUUCCAAGACAGGUACGUUUACAAUGGAUUUAAUCGAACCACAUAUUGCUCUAACGCAUGACCGAAUUGAUUUUGAUGUUAGUAAUUUAUCAUUAGAACGAGGAUAUACAAAAGAUUUGGGAAUGCGUGUUGAUAUCACUGGUGGAUCGUAUCCAAUUCAACUUGAAACAAUUGUCGAGAACAUUCGUAAUAAAAAUUUUCAAGUUUUACGACCCAUCGAUGGCGAAAAUGGGCCAAAUACAUCUGGAACGGUUGCUGAACGCAUACAGAAGAUGAAAUCAAGAGGAUGGACACAAAUUGGUACACCAUUGUCGUUUAUCCCAGAUCCACCGUCAACUUACAAUGCUGCUCUCGUACCUUAUCCAUCUACGACAGUACUCUAUCAGGAUCUUGUGACUCAAAUGAAAAAGAUACCUGGGGCAAAUGUUAUAUCGAUUGAACAAAUAAAAAAUCCUAAUAUUGAAGCAUUGUAUGACUAUAUGAAACGAACAAUAGCAAAAGAAUGUCCUGGUAACGAUCCAAAUGAACGCGAGCUAUUUCAUGGUACUGGAGGUGAAGCAAUUGAAGGAAUAAUUAACAGAGGUUUUGAUGAUCGAUACUUUUCUCCGAGCGGUGUAUGGGGACGUGGUGCCUAUUUUGCUGAUGAUCCUCGAAAAUCAAAUGGUUAUGCACCGCCUGAUACACAGACGAAUCGUCGUGUUAUUUUUUAUAACAAAGUUAUAUUGGGUGUCGAAUCUGUGCAGAACACUACAAACAAUUCACUUAGUGCAGCACCACAAAAUCAUCAUUCUGUUCAUGGCGUUGGCGGUUGGAUGGGAUUUCAAUAUCAUGAAUACAUUAUCUAUCGAUAUUGUCAAGCUUUACCAUACUUGAAGAUUACUUAUACAGCAUAA